AUCCUGUCAUGAGAACAACUUCUAUUUUGAAAGCGAAAACGCGUGUGACGUCAUCAAAGCGCGACAAUAUCCUCGUUGAUGAAAUCGCAUGUAACUUCGGUGUUUUAGGAUUUCUUCUUCUUCAGCCCACGCUUUAACAAUUAAAACGUCAACAGUCAUGUUGUUUUUACAGAAGUGUUUUGCUCAUCCUUCGAGGACGAUGAACACGGUCAGUCGGUUUCUUCGGUUUUAUCACAGUCGCGGAACUGUGUCCAGACACUUUGCUGUCUUUCAGUUCCCGACCAACACAACCACGACAGGGCUACUGUCCUCACAGGACCGGUUAAGUUUAUUACCUGCUGGCAGGUAUCAAACCUGUGUUAGUGGUUACCGAGGUUUCCGGACUUCACCAAGUACCAGAAGUGAGGCUAUUGGGCAGAUCCAGUCAACACAUUAUAAUCUAGUUUACACAUGCAAGGUUUGCUCCACCAGGUCCAUGAAGAAGAUUUCCAAGCUGGCUUACCAUAAAGGUGUAGUAAUAGUGACAUGUCCAGGAUGUAAGAAUCACCACAUCAUUGCCGAUAAUCUCAGCUGGUUCUCGGACCUGGAAGGGAAGAGAAACAUUGAGGAAAUCCUCGCUGCCAAAGGAGAAACCGUGAAGAGAGUUGAAGGAGACGCUGCUUUGGAGAUUGUGUUGGAUGAAUCCAGCAAAGACAUAUCACUAUGUGAAGACACAAAGAAGUCAGAGAAUGACCCAGAAAAAUAAUAAUGCUGUGUUUAUACUCAAUAUGUACAUUGUAAGAUACCUAUAUUUAAUAUAAUAAUAAAUAGAAAUAUUUGUCAGUGUA